AUGGCCGGUGCAUGGGAUGAGGGCUCCGAGGGAGCGUUAUGGUGUGUGGAAGUCCUUUUCCACCCCUCUCAGCGCGAGGAAGGAGAGGGCACACCGGAGGCGACUGUUCACGUCUGCCCCUGGCGCUGGCAUCUCUACGCCGUCUCCUUCAUAGUCUUUUACGAACAUGGAGCGCAAUCGAGCUACUACCCUGUCGUUACGGGUUGUUCAAAGCCGCACAAGCGGCUGGCUAACGAGGGGCGCAUGUGCUUGCACGGCUCUCUCGUCGGUCUUGACUCUCAAGUGAUGAACACGCCAGCUGGCCCCAGACGUGUCUUUCAUGGCUACAGGGUCUUGCAUACCUUGCUGGCUUUGGUGGAAGGUGGUGCGGAUGUGGGACUGGCGGUGGCAGCGCAGGCUGAGCUGGACCUGGAGGGAAAUGGAACUGCUCAUGAGGAGGUGUGCGCGGUGAAUCAGCUGCCGGGUCCGGCGUGGAUGAUCGAUGAUAUGUUCGAGUGGUUCCUAGAGGUAGAGACACCAUACGAGCAGCCCGUCCCAUUCCUCCCCUCAUUGUCUCAUCCCGAUCUACAACCGUCGCACCUGCGAUUCUUCCUGACCAAAAAAUUCACCUACAUCGGCCUCGCCACCCAGGCCGACGCCCCCAAUAUCCUCACCUACCUCUUCAACCUCUCGGACACCAAGACCAGGUUACGCGACACCACUGCGUCGUCGCGCUCAUACCCGUGGUACAAGUGCAUCUCGACCAUCGCCAAAGCCCUAUCCGACCCUGACGCGCUGCAACACAUCAAGGACGAAGCCCUGCAUAUCGCAGAGGGAACGGAGAAGGAAGAAUGAAGUUUGGUCAUGGUAUCUCUAGUGUAUGCUGUAGCGAACAGCAUGGAAAGGGUUAAAAUCGAGUAACUUCAUUACACAAUAUCAUUAACAGAUAACUAACGUGACGGAAAUUGAUGCCGACAAGGUAAACAGGCGUGAAUGACGAAGUCUUGUGUGCCCUAGACGUAAAUCUGAUUCCCCGAUAUUGACUCCAUCAAAAUCUUCAGGCAUUCUUCCAAAAGGCCGAGUAUCCCACCAGACCUUGCUUGAGUAUAUGAGACACAGCGCGACGAUCAAGGACUUGCCCA